GGCCUGACGCGCUUCCCCAAUAAAUAGCAAACGCAAAGUCUCCUCGCUGCGGAUCUCGUUGCAAUCCAGCAAAGGAUAUAACGCUAGUAUUCCUGGUUCUGCCCCUGGUCAGUGUGUGGGUGCUUGUGGCCCAAACCAUGGACUUCUGGACUCCCCCAACGCCUGUGUACAACCCGCCGAUCCCCUACACGGGGCCCAUUCCUGGGAGUUUGCAAGAUGGGGACAUGGUCCAAAUCAAAGGGCGUGUGCUGCCGCACUGUGACAGGUUUCAUGUGAACCUUCAGUGCGGCACCAUGGCUGGCCACUGCGACGUGGCUUUACACUUCAACCCACGGUUCGAGUGUCCGGGCUACGUGGUGUGCAACAGCUUUGAGAACCAGCACUGGUGCUCGGAGGAGAGGAAGUAUGAGACGCCAGUGCAGAAAGGAGAGACCUUCCAGCUCCUUAUACUCGUUCAAAAUGAUUCCUACAAGGUGGCUGUGAAUGACAAGCACUUCUUGGAGUUCAUGCACCGUCUCCCGCUCGCCAGUGUGAACACCAUCAGUAUCGAAGGCCAACUGGAGGUCAUGUCAAUCAACUUCAUAAAGAAGCAGUGUCUGUACAAAGAAUAUUUUCUGUGUGAAUUGCAGAUUUUUCCUAGCACUCCCGGGUUUCCAAACGAUUAUUCUAUCGGAAAUGCCUUUUCGGCCGGUGUCAUGCUCCCUCCUCCUGCAGCCAAUCCGGCGUUCAACGUGUUUUCCCCUGCUCCGGCCAAUCCGGCUGGUGGCAUGUUCCCUGCUCCUGCAGCCAAUCCAGCUUUCACCUUUGGCCCGACCAAUCCGUUCCAGGCUGCUCCCGCCUUUGGCCCUGCUAUUCCAACCAACCUGGAGGUGCCGUUCACAGGUGUGAUUCCCAGUGGGCUGUUUCCUUCCAAAUCGAUCUUGAUCCAGGGGUCUGUCAAUCCCAAUCCUGGCAGCUUUGUCAUUAAUCUGAAGCCGGCAAAUUCCAGAGACAUUGCCAUUCACAUCAGCGUUCGAUUCCGCGAUGAACAAGCUGUGGUGCGGAACAGUUUCCUGCAGAACUCCUGGAACAGCGAGGAGAGGGCUUUGGCCCAAAACCCAUUUGUACCCGGACAGGCGUUUGAGGUGACCAUUCUGUGCGAGGCUCAAUCCUUCAGGGUCUCUGUAAACGGCAGGCAAGCCUUUGACUUCCAGCAUCGCUACCAACCAAUCCAGCAGAUCAACGAGCUGCAGAUCGAAGGGGACGUGACUCUCUCCAAAGUCCUCCUUUGAAGCGAGGAGCCCAAAGGAGGACUUUGAGUUGCUGGGGUGAAGCAUUUGUGGGAAGCUCAGUAAGACUGGCAACAAGCAACAAUUAUACAAUAGUUCAAUGUGAGUCGUCCAUCUGAUGGAGAAGAAUGUAAAUGAUCACACGCAUGGUUAAAAUCUUCCAGAUCCUUUCUGCUGGAUAUUUCUUUACUUGAGUGGAUAAGGUUUUCAUUAUUCUUGAUUUCAUGGGUUUUUUUUCCCCGUAGAGGAUGGUUCAAAAUGCCUGGAGCACAAUUGAAGAUGGUGGCUCCAUCCACUCUGUAUCUGUAUCCAGUCUCUGCGAUUGCACCCUCUCAGUUCAACUCUGUUCCCCUCUUCCCUUUACUCACAGUGUAUUCACAAGAUCAUCUUUGUUAAUCCCAAUGUUCAUUGUCAGUCGUAUGCUUUGCCUCUGAGCUUUGUAACUGCAAUAAAUCCUCCAGACAACCACCAAAA